AUGGUCAUGGGCAUGGCAUCAGCAGAAGCUGUUUGCGGCCCUAUGAUUGAUCUUGCCCUUUGCCUGACUUGUUUCGCCAUUGCUGCACGCGUGCUGCUGGGAAGUGCGGGGGACUGUGGCGGGAGCAGCCGAACCAGCACUCGACGCCAGCUACUCUUGUACUUGUACUUGCUCUCCCUUGGCCUGAUGCUCGCAGGUGUGGGCCGUGCUGCCACGGCUUUGGCCCCCACCAUGGAGCCCGCUGCGCCCGCGACCAGCGCUCAGCUUCUCCCACCCGUGAUGGCGUUGGCUACCUCGUUGUUGUGUGUCACUUCCGCAUGCCUUCUGGCACUGACAGCUCCACGGUUGGUGCGCCAGUGGGACGGGGAGCCGUCGGCCCCCAGCUUGGGUGAUCUCGAGAAAGCCAGUCCCCGCGCGCGGGAGCCGCAGACCGGGAGGAGCUGGAGUUCGGGGACAUCGCAGUCCGAAGGCAAGCCGAGCCGGCGCCCUCCAUCGGCUAGACUCAUGGAUGACAAGCUCCGAUUCGCGGCAGAGGCUUUGCAGCUCAACUCGAAGCAGGCUAUGCUCCUGGUUGCGGCACUUUGUGAGCUGUCGACAAACCGUGCUCACUGGUCCCGCAAGCCCGAGGAGACUUGGGGAAAGUUCCUUCAAGCACUCCACGAGAUCGUCACGGUCUCGAAGGCUCGCCCGAUGCUGCCUGCUGAAGCCUGGUAUGAAGUCGCCCGAUGGUACAGCACGCUGUCCGACGCGCGGCUGACCCGACUGCUGCGAGCGGCGCUUGUCUUCCACAGCAGCCCGAGGCCCGAACAGGCGUUGAAGCUGGCCAACCUCCUACCCAGAUCCCCGAUCUUCCAAAACCUCCAAUAG